GGAGAGCUGUUUGUCACCUGUCACAUUUACAGUCCAUUGUGGACCCUUGGAACCGUGCGGUUCCCUGGUACGGGAAUGCAUUUCCUCUGGAAUAAAAGCAAGCAAUGGAUCCUGCUCUGAGUAUUUUUAGUAGGAGCUGAUGAGACACUUGUUUUGGAAAAGGAAAAAAAAAAUUAAGUCUUGGAUGCAAGAUUUGCAUGUAUGCAUAUGGGAAGAGCGCAUUUUGCGACACAAAAAGGACAGCUGAGCCCGCAGGGGGGUGAUGAUCUGCUCUCCAUAAACUGGGAGCAGGAACACCCGCCCCGCUGGGCUGUGACGCCCAGCCCCGGGCAGCGCCGGGGUGUGCGCAGGCCGAGCCGGGGAUGGGGAUGAGCGCCUGACCCUGCACGGCAGCUCUGCGAGCACACCGUACCCUCAGAAUCACAUCGGGAGGAUUUUGUUUGUCACCAGCAUCUCCAGGACGUGGCGAUGUCUGCAUUGGAUAUAUCGUGUCUUGCAAAGCCAAAAGACUGGAGCCGUUUGAAGAUUAUGUCACAGUAGAAGUGCAGAUUCUCUUAGGAAAGAGGAAUAAUGGGACCAGGCAUUCAGGAAUAUCCCUUAUUACUGCACAGAGAGACACAGCAGAAGGAAAGCCACAACCACACCAAUGAAAACUACAAAGGAAUGGUAAAUAAUGGAAAAAGCCAUCCAAACACCAAAGGACUAUAUAAACCAAUUUCUUAUGUGAAAUCUCCUCCUGGAAGAUUAGGCAAAAAUGUAUCAAGUGCCAUUGAAAAGAUUUCCCAUGACACUCAAGAUGGUUACCAACCAAAUGUUUAUAAGAAGGGAAGGAACCAGCUGGAUGGCAAUAAUCAGUCAAAAAGGAUCCCGAGUGUUUGCAGCUCACUGCACAGUGCACAAGGACCAAAGAGGAGUCCUCCAGAAAGAAGGCAAAACGAAUCCCUCCUACACAGGAGUCCCCCAGAAAGAAGGCAAAAUCAAUCCUUCCUGCACAGGAGUCCCCCAGAAAGAAGGCAAAACGAAUCCCUCCUACACAGGAGUCCCCCAGAAAGAAGGCAAAAUGAAUCCUUCCUGCACAGGAUCCCCGCUGGCACAAAGGGCAGCACACAAGAAAACUUCUGUAGGGCUAAGGAUGUCUCAGUGCAGCAUUUUUAUUGCAGUAAAAAAGAACAGUUGGGGAGGAAUCACGAAGAAUACAUGGCUGAAGCCAGUCCAGGCUCUUCAAAAUGGCAAGAAGCAUCUGUAAGUCAAAUGUUUCUUGAUUUUGAGUCGGUACAAAUUAUUAAAGAAGAUGCUGAAGAUGAUAGUGCCAGUGACCUCUCUGACUCAGAAAGGAUUCCCAUUCCCCCCUCUCCCUGCACUCCACCAGAACUCAUCCUCAGAGCUGAAGAAAUUGACCCAGUUUGCUUGGAGCACAUCCCCGAAAUGGGAUUUAAAGAAUCUGAAUAUUACUACCCCGACUUCCUCCCACCCCCUUUCAAUUCUUGGGACUUGAAGCAGCUGGCCACCUUUGUCCACGUGGAAGGGAAAAGCGAUUUCCGCCCCAGGCCCACGGGAUCCCUGGAGAAGUUCAUGGAGCGCCUGCUGCAGCUGGAGUGGCUGCAGCUGCAGACGGUGCAGAGCGAGAGGGGCAGGGCCACCAAAGCCCGGCCCCAGACUGCCCCCGGCCCCAGCCGUGCCCUCAAGAGCCCCGGGAAAGGCAAAGCCUUGCUCAGCCCUGUGCCCAGCAGGCAGGCCGUGCCCCAGGACAGUGUGACCAGGCUGCCCAGGAGCUCUUUGGGUCACAGGGCAGAGCUGUGCCCUGAGCAGGCUCGCCAGGUGCGUUCCCAUGCAGGUCACCUGAAAGUUCCUGAGAGGAUGGGGUGUGCAGCCUCUUCUCAGAGGCAAACUGGUGAUGGAAGGAGUGAACUGAAAAAGAAACCAGCUGCAAAGGAGCAUCUUCUCAGUCUGCAGCCCCCCGAGAGCAGCUCUAAAAUCCAAAGUGUUGGUAACAUCAGACCCCCUAAGCAAACCCCAGCGUUCAAUGGUGCAGCUGCUCCCAUCAAAGGCUUAAAAACAUACGUGUGUACAAAUCCAAAGAAAAAUGGCAAUGCCAGCAGCUACGUUCCUCCUAAAAAACCAACAGUGGACAGGAAAAUAAAAACAAACGGCACAAAGCAAAUGCCACGCAAAUUUUAGUGAGGGAAAAUUCAUUAGUGAAUGUUGAUGCUUCUUGCCUGCUAGAAAGCAUCUGGCCAGUGCAGAAUAAUUUUUUUUUUCUUCAUAGGAAGAUCCUGAGAAAAAUGUUCCUGACACGUGGUUUUUAGUCAGCACUGCUCAUUUCUAUAAAUUUGAUCUUAAGCCAGCAGAAAUAUUUUCUCUGGAGGCAAAUGUCUUCCAUUGGUCUUUCCUCAAAAAUAUUUAUAAUUGCUCAAUGAAGAUAACAGGAGCACAGUGUGAAGUUUAGAGAAAUAUAGAAAACCCUGUGCACCAGCUGAGUGUUCCUUGUACUUACCCUGCUGGGUAAGAGAAUAGGGUCCAUGCUCUUUCUCCUUGCCCAGAUGUGCUUUUUGUAAGACAGGUUUGAUUUUGGUGUUUUUAUAAAAUAAUGGAGCAUGUUAUCUAUGCAAAGUCAAUUCUAAUUCUUCACAGAAGAUGAUGAAUUGGAUUUUUUGGAGGAAAUAGGUAUUAUUUUUUUGAGAAGAAGAAGAAUGGAGAAAAUGUUUUGAAAUAUUUUAAUGCAGAAAGAAUUCUUUUUUAGACAAAGUGUUAGGGACCAGACAGCUUCAAUAAUGACAGAUUAAGAAAAUUGAAUGUGUAUUUUUAUACCCUGGAAUCUUCACUGUGUUUUGUUGAUAUAGUGUUUACAGACAGCUUUCCUGGAAGUUCAUUUUGUAGGCCUUGAUUAUUUUUGUCAUUUAGGGGAAUUGACCAGAUUUCAAAUUGCACAUGGAUAUAUUUGAGUGAUGCAAACUAAGGCUUUUAGCAGAGACUGUAUGGUCUCAGUUUUCCGAACUGGUGGCCUCUCAAAACAUAAAAACCAGACUCUUAAGGGAAGAAUUUAAAGGGUGUUGUAAGUUCAAAUAAAGAUAUAUUUUGAUACGGAAGAUACCUAUUUUUAGUCACCUGAGAUGACUCUUAUUUAUCCUGUGGUCCAGUCUAGCUUGGCUUCUUAAGGUUUAGGGAGCUGAGAUGGGGAAAUAUCCUGCAGAAAGAAAUUGUACAGCCAGGAUUGGGUCCUGUCCUUGGGCCUUCUGUCUUCUCUUGUGUCUGUGAGCUACAGGAGAGUACAAAGGACAGUUCUGAGAAUAUUCAAGUGUCACUUGAUCAAUUACAAUUUCAAAUUAGUCACAGCAGCUGGGGACAGGAUCUUGAUAAGGUGAAUGCUAAAGAAUGUUUUUUACUUUCACUUUGAAAUCCUGGUCAGUGUAUUUUCCUCCUCAGCCACCAGUUCCAAUCUUCAUGAGAAGUGAGCUGAGGUCUGAUGGGCCAGAUUCUGCAAGAGGAUCCUUCACAUGGUGAUAGAAAAUGAAAAAGUAGCAAAUACUAAAGAGUACAUAAUGUAUAUAGCUAAAUUGCACUUCUCUUGGUGAGCUCAUCUUGAUUUUAAGAUGCUUAGCUGUUUCUAUCUUUCAUUGUGCCUACCAGAUCUUCAGCUUUGUAAAAUUUCAAAGCAUGAAUUUAUAUGUAGUUUGAAAAGUGAAACUAUUAAGAAAUGUAGUAAUAGAAUAUUUUACAGUACAUAAAAAACGUUGCUCAGGAAUAGUAUAAGAAAUAUUUUUAGUGUUUUUUUUCCUAGUCUACUGGAGACCAAAUGUGAAAUUUUGAAUUGGUAAAGGAAAUGAAUGUAAUAGUAUUACAUGUCCAGAAUCAGUAUUUGUAAAGUUACACUUAAUAUGAAUUGUAGUUGCAUGUACAUUUUGCUCUAUGCAAUUCAAGUGAAACUUAAUCUGAGAUGCUCAGAGACCAGGGAAGGUGGCUGUGUCAGAGGAGUGGAGGAACUCAGGAUGGGACUGAACACCAGCAGCUGCAGAGGACCAGCACAUCCCAGUGUUGCUGUUUCAUCCUUUUGUUUUGGUCCAUCCUCAUGUAUUUCAGCUUCUUUAGAGGAAAGGUUCCUGCACCCAGUGCUAGUGUUUCAAGCUCUGGCCAAAUUCUGCAAGCCUGCCUUAGCCAAGUUUUCCUGAUUCACAUGAACAGUACUGAAAAAUAGGAGAGCUGCUUUGCCAAUAAUCAGGAUUUUAAUGCACUGUUCUAGUUCACUGUUACAAGCACAAAACCUGAGGUGAGCAGGAUCCAGGCAAUAAUCAGAAUAACAGUUUAAAAAAAAUGCUGUUAGAUGCAGUAAAUAGUUUAGCACGUUAUAGCAUUGAAUAUUGCUGGAUGCUAAUUUUCUAAAUUGAAGCUUUCCUGGCUUGUAAGGAGGGCAUGUAGAUACAGGCACAUGUUGCAUGUUCACUUCUCUAAGAAAAAAUAAGCCCCAUUUCAACCAGCUGUGACCAGAGCAAAGGUGAUUGGCACUGGGAAAAGUCUUUUGUCAUAGAGGUAGGAAAGUUGUAAUGUAGUUUUUGUCAUCUUACGGACUGGGAAGCAGAUGGAGGUAGUGAUGGCACUUUAAAGAAGUCUGAAAACUUGUUCAUCACUGGGCUCCACAUAGGUUUGUCCCAUGUGAUAAUCACACCAGUCUAAUUUCUGUCAUUGAUUUGAUACUUCUGGCACGCUUGUCUUUGUUCAUACACAGAAACAGCAAUUCUGUGUUUGCCUCAGCAAAGAGCUCUUGGCUGAGCAGAUCUGCAAGGGCUGGGUUUUAUCCUGUUUCCAUUUUAACUUCACCAUGUUCUGGGCCUAGAGAAGAAAAGAGCUCCUUUUGUGGAGAGCACUAUGGUUUAUAUUUCCUUAAUUUUGUAUUACUGAAUAUUGUCCUUAGAAGCACUUCUGAACUGAGCAGAAAAAAAAUUAUUCCCUCACAUUCAGUUUAAAAUUAAUUACUUAAGAUACUUCCACAGCACCAUUUUGUGUGUUUAUUAGCCUUUUUUUUACAAGGUUUAGCAAUAUGAUCAUGUGGAUCUGAGCCUAGCACUGGUGAUGCUUCUUGAAGAACAGAUUACUGUGAUGUGAGAUAUUUCAACAGAGUGAUUUAUUUUUUUUUUUUUGCUAGAGAAUGUAAAGGUUUAGUGUUCUGCAGUAUUACCUACAGAACAAAUAUGCUCAGGUUGUAUUUCAAAUAAACAGCCAGACUCUGCUUCAGUUGCAUGAGUAUAAACUUUGAACAACUCAGUUAUUUCCAGUGAAAUGACCCUGUUAGAAGAUGUGAAGAAACAGAAUUUCACUCCAAUAUGUAUAAACUGUUUUCCUUAGUAGUGCUAAUGUAUUCUUAGUGCAUCACAUGAGGACAUUUGAAGCAAUAUUGUUUUUUCUCUUGCCAUGUUCCUUUUUUUUUCUCCAUUGCUUGCAUCUGAUACUGAGGGCAGUGAUUUUCCCACCUCGUUUUCAGUUGGAUAAAGCAGGAUAUUGCUGCAGGGAGAGUUGUGCUGAUUCCAUCGGGCUGAGCUGUCCUGUUUGACUCCAGACUCUGAGAUCUGCCCUCAUCCUGUCACUGUCAGAGUCCUUUUUGUGUUUCAUUCGUUGUUGUUUGAGGUAACUUUGACACUGUAUUUACUGUUUAAGGGAUCUUGUUAGAAUUCUGAGAGAAUUUUGACAGUUUUUUCAGCCAGUAUGUGCUUUUUUGGAGCUGAUACAUACAAUUUCUACAGUGUGAAAUUGCCUAGAAUGCACUGUUUUUUGCCUUAUUUUAAAGGUAUUGAGCCUUUGUUGCUCCCAUUGCAUUAGUGGUUUUUCAUCUGAAAAAUAAACAGACCACACUGGAAAGGACUGAACUUGAUUAACUGAGGAUUUGCAGACCAGCUUUUGAUGUUGGCAUUAAUGUAUUCUUAUUUAUUUGAACUUUUUGUGGAUAUUUUUGCUAGUAAUUCCUUGGGAAAGUGAUCUUGUCAUUCAAAGUUCCCGUAUAUUUGCUACAAUAAAAGUGAGGCACUGCCC